ACAGUGCUUACUUAUACUCAUUUUGCAGUGUGAACCAAAAUUGAAUAUCGAUAUCGGUAAUAUCGGUUAUUGGCGAUAUCACAAAUCUUAAUAUCGGACAUCGUAUUGAUCAGAAAUUUUUACAUUGUGCAUCACUAGUUCACGGUAAUGAAGGGGAUGUCAUUCAGUGCAACGAUGUGGCACAUCGAUAGUUUUUUUAUUAGUAAAAAUACUACAGGAGCCAUAUAUGAGAACAAUCUGAUAAGAGUGAUUUGAAGUCCAGCCAGCAUCACCUAUUCUCUGGUUGAGUCCAAAAAUGCUGCUCCCACCUGGAAACUGUCUGAGGUCUCGACUCAGCACUCACCAAUCAAAGCUGAAAAUGGACACUGAUUCAUGAAUGAUUCAUGGUGUGGGCGGGAGCUUCUGCUGCUGUGAGCUGCAAAGUGGGCGGGACGCUGAAAUUGUGACAGGCCGCUUAACGAAUGGUGCAGGGGCAGGGCUAUAGGAGGAGAGCCAAUGAUGGAGAGAAGCCUGCCGCCGCUCAGCUGAGACAUGAAGAGCUGCAAGGAGUGGCGGAGGACGGCGGCGAGUGCGCGAGCGGAGGCUGAACGUGCAUGAGAGUGCUCUGGAGGAAAACAGGUCGAGGAGUGAACGUGGAGGAGGGAGAGAGUGGAAGACCGGGAGAUAGGUGGAGCACCAAAAAAAAAAAAAAAGGAGAGUGCAUCUGUUGACUUGCAUCUUCUAUACAUUGAGCCAGACACACAGAAAUCAUGGCCAACAUGACAACAACUAUAAACCCAAGCAAUGUCCCAGGGCACCUGGAGGCCGUCCCUCUAUCCCGCGUCUCCCUGCAGGUCCAGGAAGUCUACCCAUUCCAUGAUGGCUGGAAUGUGGCCUGUUUCGUCAUCCUUCUGCUUUUCAUCCUCACCGUCUUGUCCCUGGCAGCUUUGGCUGUGCUAUACGAGCUGCUGGACUGUGGGUGCUGUGCCAAAGGGAAAACGCACCACCAGCUACAGGAGGAAGGGCCGGGAAGCUGCAGCAAGCUCAUUAUGACCAGCAUUUGCAAGGAGCCAGAAUCCCAAACAGAGGUGGUAUAGGGGCAGCAAGGCAUGAAGAAAAUUGCAAAGUAGGAAUUUGGGUUUCACUGCUGAAUCCACAAUACAACAGUGCUGCCCCUGAUCCCCUAAAAAAAAAACAAAAGACCUUCUGAAAAUGACUAAAAGUGGUUCAGUUGUUCACAGUUAGGAGGAUGUUGAGAGAAGAGACAAAAUAUGAGAGUAAUGUGGAAAAAGGAAGAGGACACUGGUUUGGAGCGAGUCUCAUUAGCUUUUCAUUUCAGUUAAGAGGGAAUCACUCCACAUCUACAGCUGACCCUGAAAGCCAUAGUCUACACCAGAAAUAACACUAGAAGAAAAACCAAGCACCUGAGUAGAAAUACUACAAAUUGUGUGGCCUGAAAAACUCAAAUUUCCAAUGCUUAAAAAUGAAGGUUGUGGAAGAAUGUGCCACGCUAAAUGAGCCCUUUCUUGCUUUGUUUUGUUAUAUGAAGUCGCAUGGCCAAAACAUGGCAACAAAGAAAAAAAAAAGAAGAAAAAAAACAGAUUCUGACCCAUAUCAGCAAAUUUAUAAACAAGCAUUCCUGCUAAACAUCAACUACCCUGCAAGUACUACACAUACUUGUGACCUACUAGAUGCAAGUUAGCUUCUAUUAGACAUGUUGUAUAUAUAAAAAUACUGUCCAAAUCUAAGGACAUGAAUAUCCUGGUUUAAACUGAUCAGGCUUAGGUGGACAUCAUCAUUGCUUUGGAUAAAGACUGUAUUUCCCUGUUUUUCAGUAAAUUGUAUGCCAGUGUUGUCAACAUGUUUAGCAUUGCAACAUUAUCUUCUGACAAGUUUGGUUGCUGCACAGUGAUGUACUUUAUGUCAUAUUGAGCACAAUGUAUAAUUUCAUAUGCCUUACCACAAAAUGCCUAAUAAAUUGUCACUGAAUAA